CGGGGCGGGGUGACUCACGCCGCUUCUCCCGCGGCCGCGGGGGCUUCUCGGGGUCCACGCACGCCCUGCGCCGCCAGGACCCGAGCGGAGCCUCCCGCGGCCCGGCCGCGCCUGGUCCUGAGCGGUACCAUGAUGUGGGGUGCAGGCAGCCCUCUGGCCUGGCUCUCAGCUGGCUCAGGCAACGUGAAUGUAAGCAGCGUGGGCCCAGCAGAGGGGCCCACAGGUCCAGCCGCACCACUGCCCUCGCCUAAGGCCUGGGAUGUGGUGCUCUGCAUCUCAGGCACCCUGGUGUCCUGCGAGAAUGCGCUAGUGGUGGCCAUCAUCGUGGGCACUCCUGCCUUCCGUGCCCCCAUGUUCCUGCUGGUGGGCAGCCUGGCCGUGGCAGACCUGCUGGCAGGCCUGGGCCUGGUCCUGCACUUUGCUGCUGUCUUCUGCAUCGGCUCAGCGGAGAUGAGCCUGGUGCUGGUUGGCGUGCUGGCAAUGGCCUUUACCGCCAGCAUCGGCAGUCUACUGGCCAUCACUGUCGACCGCUACCUUUCUCUGUACAAUGCCCUCACCUACUAUUCAGAGACAACAGUGACACGGACCUAUGUGAUGCUGGCCUUAGUGUGGGGAGGUGCCCUGGGCCUGGGGCUGCUGCCUGUGCUGGCCUGGAACUGCCUGGAUGGCCUGACCACAUGUGGCGUGGUUUAUCCACUCUCCAAGAACCAUCUGGUAGUCCUGGCCAUUGCCUUCUUCAUGGUGUUUGGCAUCAUGCUGCAGCUCUACGCCCAAAUCUGCCGCAUCGUCUGCCGCCAUGCCCAGCAGAUUGCCCUUCAGCGGCACCUGCUGCCUGCCUCCCACUAUGUGGCCACCCGCAAGGGCAUUGCCACACUGGCCGUGGUGCUUGGAGCCUUUGCCGCCUGCUGGUUGCCCUUCACUGUCUACUGCCUGCUGGGUGAUGCCCACUCUCCACCUCUCUACACCUAUCUUACCUUGCUCCCUGCCACCUACAACUCCAUGAUCAACCCUAUCAUCUACGCCUUCCGCAACCAGGAUGUGCAGAAAGUGCUGUGGGCUGUCUGCUGCUGCUGUUCCUCUUCCAAGAUCCCCUUCCGAUCCCGCUCCCCCAGUGAUGUCUAGCUGAGUCUUCAUGACCCUUCAACCCUGAUUACUACAGAAUUCCAGAAUGUUAGGCUCUCCAGGGCUUCUUUCCAAACCCCCAGCUCCACACCCCCCAGACCCAGCUGGUUCUGGAGUUCUAGGACAUUGGGUGUUUCAAGGUUCUGUUCAGAUCCCUAUGGGGGCCCAGCUGGCUCCACUGUUCCAGAAUGUUCAGGUGGUCAGUGUUCUACUCAGAAAUGUCUCACAGCCCAGCUGGGUUGCAAUUCCAGAAUGCUGGGAGUUUUACAGUGCCAUUCCAAGUCCCAGAUGUCCCUCUUCCCCCAAAGUUGACCUUGACCAUGUCACUUUACGUUUGAAUUUCUAAGCUAAAGAGUCAGAGAGAUUAGUCACAUAGUUGCCUAAAUAGGAGAGAGAAAGAUUAUAUAUGCACAUAUACAAAGAGAGUGUCUAUUUAUGAUUUAUUUAUUUAUUUAUAAAUUUACUUAUGGGUGGUAAGGGGCAAAAAAGAGACCCACACCUUGAUAUCCAGGCCAUACCAGGGUAUCCCUUGUCCCUUCACCCCCAUUUCUGACCUCAGUUCCUGGAGGGGGGAAAGGGAGAAAGAGAAACCACGUAUUUUGUUAUUAUUUUGGAUUAUUUUUUAUCGAAGAGAUCAUAGAAACCAGAGCCUUCUCCCCAGGCCUGCCCUCCUCGGGUUUGGAAGGGGAACACACCAGCCUCUGGUUUUUUAUUUUUUUAAGAAGCCAUCACCUGAGCAACCAAAAAUUCCUCUGCGCUGGGGUCCGACUGCCCUCUGGUGGCCAUUUGGGGAAAACUGCAGCCCGGCCAGGCAGCUGGGACCAGAAUGCAACCCCAGCUCCACUCCAGCCUGGCGUCCAGGGCCACAGCCAUGGCCUGGGGGCCAAGCCUCACCCUGCGGUGCCCUAAAGGAGGGGGGGCACGAGCCAACACCCCACCCCUCUGCCAACCGGGGUAUGGCCCCCAGUGCAUUCCCUGUUCCCGUCUCCAACCCAACUCAAUAAAAAAUGAUUUUGUCAUAAAUAUGUUUCCCUAUGUGUGUGUGGAGGGUAUGGAGUGGGGCCUGAUGGGGGAUGGCCUGGAAUGAGAGGGUCAAGCCAGGCCUGGGGGGCCUGUUGGGGGAUCUGGGGAGCUGGACAGAGGGUGGAGGGUGGCUGGCAGGUGACUCCUUCUCAGAUGUCAGUGCCCCUCUGCUCAGACCUGGGCACUGACUGGCAAGGACCUUACCUCCUCCUGGUGACAGGAACCUGGGUGCUUGGCUCUUCCUGGGUCAAGGAUGCUCACAUCCUGCCCACACCGGCCACUGUGGGGCUUAGGCAUGAUGAAUAUGCUCAAAGCAUGUCAGUCUCCUGCCUCAGCCUCCUGAGUAGCUGGGACUACAGGCGCCCACCAUCACGCCCGGCUAAUUUUUUUUGUAUUUUUAGUAGAGACGGGGUUUCACUGUGUAAGCCAAGAUGGUCUCGAUCUCCUGACCUCGUGAUCCACCCGUCUCGGCCUCCCAAAGUGCUGGGAUUACAGGCGUGAGCCAACGCACCUGGCCAAUAAUAGGUCCUUCUAAUCAUGGGUGCCUACUGUGUGUCUGGCACACAUGCUACCUCGCUUAUGCCUAAUAAGCAUCCCAUGGCACCGGUAGUGUCUUCUCCAUUUUACAAACGAGGGAGCUGAGGCUGAGUGAGGGACAGCAGCUGGCCCAAGGCCAUACAGCUAAAAAAUGGUAGAGCCAGGAACAUCUGUUUCCAGAAUCUGU